GAAUUUGGCGCUGUUUCUUUCUAAGUGUUGUAACCUUCAUUUAUUUAUUGCUGCAUCUAAUUGUACUUCCCCUAAUAAAAUUAAAAAAAAUUUCUAGUUUAUUAUGUUUGUUAUAAUCACACGUGCUUGUUAAUUGUAUCACACAAUUUGAAAUAUAUAAUUAUUAAGGUUAAACAAAUAAAACAAUAACAUUUGGACAAAUGGUGUUAUUUAAUAAAAUUCACUCCAACAUUUAAAUUUUACGAAAGAAAAAAAAAAUGGCCACAACUCUAGAAAUUCAGGAGAAAAUUCAACGAUUUGAAACAUUUAUAAAUGAUCGAUUUCGUGUUGAUCUCGCUGAAUUUGAAAAAAAAUUGGACUCAAAAAAUUCAGAUUUAGCUGAAUUUAUUCAAUUGAAAAGUGUUAUUAAUACUUGGAAGGAUACGGAGGCAGAUAAAAAUGGUUUUAAAACAAAAGUUGAAAUGGGAUGCGGUUAUUAUGUUCAGGCAGCUGUUGAUAAUGUUUCGAAAAUUUUAUUAAACAUUGGUUUAAAUCAUUUUGUUGAAUUUUCACUUGACGAUGCACUUGUUGUAAUUAAUGUUAGAAUUAAAUUGUUAGAGAGACAAAUUGAAAAUUUACGAAAACAAAUUGCAAUCACAAAUGCUCAUAUUAAACUUAUUUUACUUGGUAUUCGUGAAUUACAAGACAAACCAUCCAAUUCUUAGUUGUUGUUUUUUUUUCAUAAAAAUGUAAAUACAAAAACUGUAUAUAUAUAUAUAAUUAAAAUAAAUUCUUUACAUUUUUUUUUGUAAAA